AGAAAGAGAGAGAGAGAGAGAGAGAGAGAGAGAGAGAGAGAGGGAGAGAGAGGAUGACGGUGACAGCAGUCUUCGUCCUGUGUCUUUCUGCCAGCCAGUGCACGGUGCUUUCGGGAGCACGAGUCAGGACCGGGAGAUCUGACUGAUGGAGACAGGGAACCCAUCGGUCUGCUACGGACACGCGCACGGAGACUCAGCAGGAAGAAUGAAAACAAUACAGUCACAGAUUCAACUGCUAUAAAACCACGGGGAAUAUAUUGAGACACGAGGUCGAGACGAGGUAAGGGGUGGAAUACCUGUUGUGUUUGUUGACGAGUGAGGGUCCGGAAUCCCAGCUGGAGCUAGACACUCAAUUACGAUUCACAAAAGGGAAAAGCCCACGAACGAUAAAAUAUAUCCUGUUUUUUUUCCAUGCCCGUGAGUUCUUUGUAUCUGGUCUGAUGGUUGAAAAUCAUUUGAAGGACAGUUGUGCAUUUAUGGAUUGGGUAUAUAUUAUAUAGGCUGUGAAAUAUUUUUUUAAUCACCCCGUAGACAUUUUUUUUUUUCCAAUGAUUAAUACAUUUUUAAGAAUAUCUUGACUUAUUGCAACGGUUAUUAACAGCUUAGGGCUCUUCUUCGAAAUUGCCUGUGAAUACAUAUGCACAUUUAUUUGAAAGGAAGAUUCGUGGAUGAAUUUUUAUUUUGUAUAUUAAAUUCCUGCAUUUGUUUUGUAUUUCUUCACAUCGGCUAUUAUUCAUCGAAAGCAUCCCUGCCUUCGCUUCUUUUUUUAAAGGUUAUUCUGUUAUUUAACCGAAAUAACGAGUCAUUGUUCAAUGUUUCAUUUCAAUUACGGCAACGAGCAUCCUUUCCGUUCAGAUUGACGCUCAGGCUAUGAACGCCGCCCAACGGUUAGAACCGGAAGUUAUAUCCAGCUGUAUAUCCACCCGGAAUAACAGGCUUGUUUUGAUACAAUGACUGAUAUGACUCAGUGGACGUGUCUGGUCAGUGUAGCUCUGUCUCCGUGGUGGCUGUGUGCUGGUCUGGGCCUAGACACUGUGUUUAUCUGCGAUCUGACACAGUGAUUGUGAUGAAGUGAUGAAGGGAGAUUUUCAGUUCAUCUUUGUUAUGCAUCGGUUAGUGAGCUCAGCUGUUUGAACAGGUGUGUUACUGUGGUCCUGAUUACAUAUUUGUUCAGAAAAAACAAAAAGAGAUAGAGGGAGAGAGAGUGCGUGUAUGUGUGUGUAGGGUGUUUGGGUGGGGGUGCAAUAGGCAAUUAUUAGAACACACACACAUUCUUAACAAAACACUAGCAUUCAUGACAGAGCUUGAAAUGGACAUACAAGAUGACACAGUAGCUGAUGCUGGACCAAAAAUUGUUUUAGUUCUUGUAUCUGAAAACAUUGUUAGGUAAUGAAACCCAACCUCUCUCUGUCAUUCAUUCAUAGUAGGAAGCCUACUAUUCUUCUUCAGUUUGCCUCAAACAUAUAGAUGUGCGCAUGUCACACCCACACACACACACGCACACCCACACACACAGCUUGCCAGCCUCUGACAGGUGUAGAGUACAACACAGCUCCCCAGUCAUUAAUGCACUCCCUCUACACCUGAUGAUAUUGUUGCAUUUUCUCUGUUUCUGUCUCAGCCCACAGGUCUCCUGAUCCUCCACUCCUCUGCUGGGGCCAAAGUGUGUGUGUGUGUGUGUGUGAGCGUAUGUGUGAAUGAAUGUGUUGUAUUCCGUCUAUGUUCAAUGUGUAGCGUGAGUGCUCCCUGUGUGUUGACUGGAGUGUGUGUGUCUCAGGUCUAGAGCUUUGGAGAGUGUGUGUGUGUGAGAGAGACAGAAAGUGUGUGUUUACGUUGUGGUGAUGGGUUCAGUGGGGGCAGAGCGUCGGAGGCCCAGUCCAGCCCAGACUCCGGAAGAGAGGGAAGGAUGGAGGGAUGCAGGGAGGAGGGAUGGAGGGAGGGGAGGGAGGGGCAGAGAGAGCAGCGUGGUCCAGAGCUACAGCUUCGACUCCUACCAGCUGGAGGAUGAGGACAUCAGCAAGGAUGCCCCAGAGAGGGGGGUGCUAGCUCUGUCAGAACCAGCCUUUGAGGAACCCAUCCCUGACGACCGUUACCAUGGUAUCUACUUUGCGAUGCUAUUGGCUGGUGUGGGUUUCCUGCUUCCUUAUAAUAGCUUCAUCACUGAUGUGGACUACCUCCACCACAAGUUUCAAGGAACCUCCAUAGUGUUUGACAUGAACCUGACCUACAUCAUGGUGGCUCUGGUAGCUGUGAUUCUCAACAACGUUCUGGUGGAGAGGCUUAGCUUACACACCAGGAUCACCGUGGGGUAUAUUUUGGCUCUUGGGCCUCUUGUGUUUAUCAGUGUGUUUGAUGUGUGGCUGGAGAAGUUUACCCAACAGAACAGGCGUACACUUUUAAACCUCAUAUCAGUUGGAGUGGUGGCCUUUGGAUGUACAGUGCAACAGUCCAGUUUCUAUGGUUACAUGGGGAUGCUUCCUAAAAGAUACACACAGGGAGUGAUGACUGGAGAGAGUACGGCAGGAGUGAUCAUCUCUCUGUCCCGGAUCUUCACCAAGCUGCUGAUCAAAGACGAGAGGAGGAACACUCUCAUCUUCUUCCUCAUCUCCAUCGCCAUGGAGAUGCUCUGUUUCCUACUGCACCUGCUGGUGCGGAAUACACGGUUUGUGCGCUACUACACCGGCCACGCCCCCAGGGGGUCCGGCCAUGGGAAAGGUCAUGACCCCCGCGACCCCGGGACAGGAUACAGGGUGCAUCAUGAUGUGACCUCGGAGGAUGUAAGAUUUGGGAACAGUGCUGUAGGUGUGUCUGAUGAUGUCACUGAUGAGUUUGCUGGAGGGACGUACGUCCGCUUUGGUGUUCCCAAAGUCCAGAAGAGCUGGCCUGGCCUCAGAGAUAUGAUCCUGCACAGGUAUGUGGUGGCGCGUGUCAUCUGGGCCUACAUGCUGUCUAUAGCGGUGACCUACAGCAUCACUCUGUGUCUGUUCCCUGGCCUGGAGUCUGAGAUACGGAACCCCACUUUAGGGGAGUGGCUCCCCAUACUCAUCAUGGCUACUUUCAACAUGGCCGACUUCGUAGGCAAGAUCCUGGCAGCGCUGCCGUAUGAUUGGCCGGGCUUGCGUCUCCUGCUGUUCUCCUGCCUCCGGGUGGUGUUCAUCCCCCUGUUUGUCAUGUGUGUGUACCCGGCCUCGGCCCCCGCCCUGGCACACCCCGCCUGGCCCUGCCUCUUCUCCAUGCUCAUGGGCGUCACCAACGGAUACUUUGGCUCCGUGCCCAUGAUCCAGGCCGCAGGGAAGGUCCCUCCUGACCAGAGGGAGCUGGCGGGGAACACCAUGACAGUGUCCUACAUGACUGGGCUGAUGCUGGGUUCCUCAGUAGCGUACGCAGCCUACAGGUUCACGGCUGGUGCCCCAGGAACUGGUGCCGUCACACACUCCCUCAGCAACUACACAAAAGGAAACUGAACACACACACGCUCUCUCACACACACACACUC